UAGUACAUCUCAAAGUAUUUUCAGCUGACGAGCUGACAAGGAGAUUGAUUUGGAUAAAAGCGUUAAAGUGUGACAGGAGGAGGAAGGAGGAGCGACGUUCACACACUUAGUUCUGCAUUACAUGUUGCAAAAGACUGAAGGCAGGAAACACAGAUGACGACUCUGCAUCACACCAGACCACAGAGAGGGAGGACGAAGACGAGGAGGUGAACCACAGCAGAAGGACACGAGAGAGGAGGAGAGGGUCCACCUCUCAGAGAGACCAGAGAGACAACGAGGAGAAAGAGCCGGAACAAGAGGAGGUGAAAGGAGGAGAGGAAGUAGAAGAAGGGCGACAAAAAGAAGGGUGAAAAACAACGAAGAGGAAAAAGAAAGGAGGUGAAGAGGAGCAAAGCAAAGAGGAGGAGGAGUAAAGCAGAAGAAGAAGAAGAAGAAGAAGAAGAGGAGGAAGAGGAGUAAAGCAGAAGAAGAAGAAGAAGAAGAAGAGGAGGAAGAGGAGUAAAGCAGAAGAAGGAGGAGAAGAGGAGGAGGAGUAAAGGAGAAGAAGAAGGAGAAGAAGAAGGAGAAGAGGAGGAGGAGUAAAGCAGAAGAAGAAGGAGAUGGAGAUGAGGAGGUGAAAGGGGACAUUAAGCAGGAGAGGAAGCAGAAAGUCAGAGGAGGUGAAUAAACAGAGGCAAGAAAAGGGAGGAGGAGGAGGAGGUGAGGAAAGUGGAGCACAAAGAGGAGAAGAGUGAGAAGAGGUGAGGAGGAGCUGCAGCGGCGUCAUGGAGGAGGACAUCAGGAAACAGGGGGUGCUCCACCUGCAGCAGCAGAGGUUUGGAAAGAAGUGGAAGCGUGUGUGGUGCGUCCUGUUCAGAGAAAGUUCCUGUUCGAUUUCCAGACUGGAGUUCUUUGAGUUUAAAGACGGAGGAAAUGUUGAGAAAAGUCGCAAGCAGCAAGAACACAAGAAGGUGAUCCGUCUGUCCGACUGUAUCCGGGUGUCGGAGGUGGAGAUGGACGGAUGUCCCAGAGACACCGGACCCUUCCUGAUCGAGACCACCGACAAGAUCUACGUGUUCGCCGCAGACCGACUGCAGCUGGACAACUGGACACACAAACUGUGUGAGAUCGCCUUCCCUAUGAACUGGACGGAUCCCGGAGUGAAGAGAGGCAGCCUGUCGAGAGGAAGAGCAGCGGACGAAGACGCAGGAAUGGAAGACAACUCUCUGUACAGCUGCAGAGAGACAGUGCGUGACUUCAGAGUGUGUGUUCGGAGGACGGAGGCGUCGGAUCGAUGCCGAAUGAAAGGAGACGGAUUCCUACGAGCCGACGUCGACGCGCUCCACCUGCUGGAGAAGAACGGAGACGUGGUGUUUAGCUGGCCAUACAAGUACCUGAGACGCUUCGGACGGGACAAGUCCACCUUCUCCUUCGAGGCCGGGCGGAGGUGCGACUCCGGCGAGGGCAGUUUUGAGUUCGACACCAAACAGGGGAACUUCGUGUUUCAGGCGGUUGAAGCUGCCAUCAACCGGCAGCGGAUCUCCUUCCCCCAGAGGCAGACCUCCAGCGGGGCCCAGACCAGUCCAGAGACCCCCCAAGACAAGAACCUGCCCCCCCUGCCCCUCAACCCACCCCUGGUCCAGAGCAGGACCCUCCCGCUGCCUCAGCUCCGAGGCCAUAUCCCACAAUCCCCUGCUGCUCAGGCAGCUGACGGUGUGUACAGCUUGGUGACUCAAAGUCCAAAUCUACAGAUGAUUCAUCUCAAAGACAAAGAGAGCUCCUGUCCUUCACAACAGCAACAACAACAACAGCGCCUCCAGCUGUCUCGACUGGAGCCUCCGGUGGAUAAGAUGCUGACGGGUGUGAAGAGUUUGACUCUGGACACCCGCGGCGUCCCCCGUAAGAACCAGGUGAAGAUGAUCUCCAGCUGCCCUCUGCCUCACGCCGGCCCCGAGGCCCAGAGCCCCAAACCGAGCUCCAGCCCGAACCCAGACCAGACGUACUCCCAGGUCAUCCUGCCCACCGCCGCAGAGCGAGGCACCAAGAGAGGUGGCGGCAUGCCCUCCCCCUCUACCUCACCUGUCGCCCCCCAGGAGCCCGAGUACUCCCUCCCCUUCGACACCAUCUCCGUGACCUUCAUGACUGACAUCUUGAACUCCCAUCAGGCCCACGGAGCCCAGUCCAGAGUCGAGUCUGGUGCCGACCCGCUCUACGACAGCAUCGACGAGAUGAAGAUCAGAAACAUCUUUCUGAACGCUGACGCCGACGUCGCCCCGGCGGACAGGAAGGUGGAACACAUCUACGAUGAGCCCGAAGGCUGCGCCGCCCCGGGACCGAAACCUCCCACCUCCUUGUACGACGACCCUGAGGAGAUGAAAGGAGACGCCUGGAGGAGUAUGGGAACAGUUGCCGACCCUAAAGGUCACGAGUACCCAUACAACCCGCGGGUGGACGACUACGCCGUGCCCAAACGAGCCCAGAGGGUGCUUCCUGCUACACAAAGCACCAACGAAGAAGAAGAAGACGUGGAUGUGGAGUCACAGGAGGAGGAUCAGGAGGAGCGGUGGGAUCCUCCGUACAACAACGUGAUAGUGAAGAUGGCGUAGACAGGAAGCAGCCGUGAACGUGAUUCAGAUCAGUUAUUAAUCCAGUAGGCGGACUGAUCCGAUCUCUGAGACUCUGAUCCUCCAUCUUUAGUCUCUUUGUCCACUUCUGCUGAGGAUCACAGUCAGUGUCUUUUGUGUUCUUUAAUAAUAAAUAAAACAGUUUCUGCUCAGCUCGUUUCUUUGAAAACGAUUGUUUUCAUUGCUAAUUAAUCAUUUAGUCUAAUCAUGCCCCAAAAUAGUUUCAACAAAUAUCCCUCACAGUCCAAGAGAACGUCUGUAACUCCAAAGAGGUUCAGUUUAUUUCUGACAUGAAGAGGAGACCAGAGACCAGAUAUUAGAGAAGCCUGUUGAAGGUCCGACUGUGUUCUGUAUUAAAGGUAUGAAGGCAGAGUGUUUUCAACCUGUUCCAUUUUACUUAGCCCCACCAACUAAUGUCCCUUCUGGUUGCAAAAAAACAAGACGACAACGGACUAAAACCAAGAUGGCGAUCGACUAAAGCCAACAUGGCAAAGGACAAAAAACAAAAUGGGGAAAGUCAGUAACCAAGAUGGCGACUCAAGAACUAGGAUGGUGAUGGACUAAAACCAAGGUAACAUCUGCCAAAACCAAGAUGGCGAUGGACCAAAACAAAAAUGGAGUCUGCCAAAAACUAAGAUGGUGGAGGCCCAAUAAACCAAAAUGGUGACACUGAUCCUUGGUGACUGUUAGCCUGUUAGCUUGUUAGCCUGUUAACAUCUGUCCUGCUGCCUGCAGAGUUUGGAUUCUGCUGUUUGGUUGAUGGUUGAUUUAAAGACUUCCAUGGUGACCAGGUCACUGCUCAAUCCUGCGGGUAGAUUUGUGUUUAUUUACUGGUUGAAUAUUAACAGAACCAUCAACACAGCGGUCUCAGUCAGUCAGUCAAACAUCAGUUGAUGUUAGUGUGUGUUGAGCUCAGGUAGAUCAGCUUUAACCCUUUAAUGCAACAUAAGAAAACAGUCAGUGAGCUGUCUUACUGUUCUCAGAUGUCAGAGCUUCUUUAAACGCAUCACGAGGACGCUGUUGAAAAUGCUCUCUGCUCUUUACAGCAUCAGGAUUUAUUCAUAUUGUUAUCAGAUGCAUCAACAUGGUGACUUUUAAUUCAUUCUUCUCUUUUACUUAUUAUCAAGAGGAAACUUUGGACGACAAUAUGAUUUGUGAUGAAUUAUUACUUGGUAUUAUUUAAUGAGUCUGACCUCAGAUCUGCAGUGAGCAGCCUCCUCCAGAAGAGGGCAGCAGGAGUUAAUUAUCAAUGGAGCUAAUUAGGAGAAACCAAAGAUAUCUGAAUAUUAUCAGAAACCUGACUGUAAUUAUCAGACUAAACUCUUUUUUAUUAAUUUUGAGAAAUAAUAUAUUGAAUUCUUCAAACAUGUUUCCUUUCUGAGUCUGUGUUGAGCCUGUAAAUCUAAAAUAAAUCUUAAAUAAAUAUAUACAUAAAACUGAUUGAUUUGACAUCAUGUUCUUCACCUGGUGACUCUGAUCCGUCACUUAGGCCCCGCCCACCUGCUCACCCGUCCUCAUUUAUCUCGUCAGUAUGCCAGUAUUUGACCCGAUCCGUCUCCGGGUCCCCAGCCUGAACCCGUCCCUCUGGUCCAUGGACUCAUUGUGCUCUCCCU